CCCAUUGGCAUUGCUACUCACAAAUAUUCUAAUAAAAAACGUUUAAUUAUUGAUUUAUCGGCACCGCACUCCUCUUUUGUUCCUAGCAUAAACGCACUCAUUCCAGCAGACGAAUUUUCACUUCAAUACGUAACCAUCGACGACGCCAUACAUUCCAUAAUUUCAUCUGGUAACCGACCCUGGCUUAGCAAAACGGACAUUACUAACGCUUUUAAAUUACUACCCAUGCACCCCUCACUCUGGCACUUACACGGUAUUAAAUGGCGUGAUCUAUACUACUUCUCUACACGACUCACUUUCGGUUCUCGUAGCAGCCCCAAACUGUUCGACAUUUUCGCAGAGUCGUUGUGCUGGCUGCUCCUGAACAUCACCAGGUGUCACUCCGUUAUCCACUACCUCAACGACUUUUUACUUAUAGAGCCAGGGUCACCAUCACCCACAUCAAUCAAAAGCACUACUGCACUAUUUGCCACACUUGGAGUCCCUUUGUCCCCAGCCAAAAUUAUAGGCCCCACAACCAAAUUGACCUUUCUGGGGAUAGAACUGGACUCGAUUAACCUCAGAGCUAGCCUCCCUCACGACAAACUGGCACGUUUGAGAGGGGAAAUAGACUUGUUCCUGCGGAAUGAUGUUUGCACUAGGAAGGAACUUCAGUCCCUUCUCGGAUCCCUGAACUUUGCCAUGCGCAUCAUUCCGCAGGGAAGAUCUUUCAUAUCCAGA